AUUUACCAUAGCUACGAUACCCGUCAAUAGAUAGUGUAAAAUUUAUAGUGUCCUAUUGUGGUAUUUGUAAGGAAGAGAGCAUUUAUUUAUUUUUCGGAAGUCCCGGUAGCCGGGACUUCCCGAGGCCAUCUGUCGACCAUGGAAAAACCUGCUCGCUAUAAAGCGAAAAACAAGAAACCUGCUGCUAAAGCAAAGACUGCUAAGAAACGAAAAAGCGAUGGUCCAACAUGUUCUAUGUUUCUAGCAGAAUUAACCAGGAAGCUUGCGCUCAAGAAGAAGCAAGAAGAAGAACAGCCUAGGAAUAUUGUCCAAACGAUCAUAGACAGUAUCACAAAUGCCUUACCCGUCAAACUAUCAAAGCGAUCCCCUCCAAAAUGUCCAUCCCCCAUGAAAAUUGAAACAUUACAGACCAUGGCUCCGGAACUCAUACCAAACGAGACGUUCAAAGUCGCCCCGACAUCGUCCAGUUUGAUCGAAGAUAUUCAAAUGGAAGAAAUAGAUCUAUUACCCAAAGUAGCAUCGUUCAAAAUGCCAAAAAUGCCCUUAGUCAGCAGUGAGGUUAUGAAAAUGGCAAAUGUAGAAAAGAAAAAGAAAAUCCCAAUGCAAGACCAAGCAGUGAACACAGGAACCGAACAUGAUGUCGCCAGCGAGAUAGCUAAGCAUGUCGGCACGUUAAGGAAAAUAUCGUUAAUAGCUGAGGAAUUCAACCAGAAAACUGCUAAAAACUUAAAAGAAAUAGUGGAUAGCGUUCAAGAGGAUCUUAUUAAGAAAUUAGAAGAAAUACAAGCGGAGCAGAAGACUAAUACAGAUAGAAGUACGCCCGUCGAGAGUGUCGAGGGGGAUAUCGAAUUCCUUUUAUAAGCAAGAAGUUUAGAAACAAUUUAGAAGAAAACAUUCUGACUUUUCGAUGACAUGCCAAAUUCACUGUGUCAAAAUGAAAUCCAAUAAUUUUUAGAUAUCCAUAAAAUUUAUUGUAAAAAUUCAAAUAAACAUAAACAAUA